AUCAAAAUAUAUUACAACACAAAUUAUAAAGUGGUCUUAUAAUUGAAUCAACACUCUAAACUUUUAUACAACUAUGGAAGCUUAUUCCACCACCUCUUAUCCUAAGUCUCAUAAUAAUUCAUUACUCCAUUCCGUUAGAAAGCCACAAUCAAAACCAUGGAAGAAAGCUUCAAUGGCACCACAGCCUUUAACAGCAGUUAGAGUUUAUGAAGUUGAUGUUAUGAAUUUUCGAGAACUAGUUCAACAACUCACAGGUGCACCAGAAUUCAAGCCUCAACAACAUCAACAAAAUCAAGUGGUCUCAACUAGUUGGAACAAGGGGGUGCAAUCUCAGGAGAGUAGUGGUGUGACAAAGCAAUCAGGUUUGUUGGAAUUGAAUUUGUCUUCACCAUCUUCUCAGAGUUGGUGGUCUUCACUCUCAUGAAGCUAAGAACAGAACAGUGACCGAUUGAUUAAGACAUGGCUGUUGCAUGUUACAUUACAAUUAUACAUUGUUAUGCUUUUUUGGAUUUGAUUAAGACAUGUGCAUGUAAAAUGCAAGAUGAAAUUUAAUUCGAUAAAUGCUUAAUUUAAAGCAUAUUAACAGACCUUUUGUCAUUGCUAAGCUAUACUACAAUUACAUUCUGUAUCGAUCAUAACAUUGUCAACAGAACUACAUAUUUAACAAUGAAUUUAAUGUUGAUGCAGAAUGCUUAUUUUAUUGGACAAUAUACUAAAUAUUCGAUCCUUGGCCAGUUAGUGGUCC